UCCGCAUUCGCCCAGCCGCCAUCGAUCGAAUCAUUGUCAGACACGUUCCAUGAACUGAACAAUCACAACUCGAAUUUCACCUCGGUGCACAUCCGUUGCGAGACAUUGAUGCCCCGGAUCAUUCUACCUUUCCGUAAUGCCAAUCGAAAGCACACUGCGAUCUCCUCUACCAGUUCACUUUCACCCGGGCCGGAUGCUUUGGUAAUCCAGCUGUUGACACGAACUGAACCGUUGAGACGUACAGCGCACAAUCGGCUACUGACUGGAAUCCAGUCAAGAAACGAGCACUCAGCCUUGGCACUUAGCGCAAUCCCGACACCAGCUACACCGCGAGCUUCGGAUGCCGAAUCGCCUGACACACAGGGUGAAGCGUGA